AUGGCGAAUAGGCCAAUGAUCACUCUCGCGGUGCUCCUGGCGCUCAUCGGCGCGUCGUGCGCCGCCGACUUCGAGGUCGGCGGCGACGCCGGGUGGGUCGUGCCGCCGGCUGGCCAGGCCGGCACCUACAACGAGUGGGCGUCCAAGAACCGCUUCCUCCUCGGCGACAGCGUCCAUUUCAAGUACAAGAAGGACUCGGUGAUGGUGGUGACGGAGGAGGAGUACGACAAGUGCGCGUCCACGCACCCCAUCUUCUUCUCCAACAACGGCGACACCGAGGUGCGCCUGGACCACGCGGGCCUCUUCUACUUCAUCAGCGGCGUCACGGGCCACUGCGAGCGCGGCCAGAAGAUGGCCGUCAAGGUCAUCGGCCCCGACGCGCCCCCGCCGGCGCCACCGAGCCCGCCACACCCCAGCGGCGCCGCCCCCGCCGUCGCGUUCGCUGGCGCCCUUGCUGCCGUCGCGGCGACGCUUUUGCCGGUCGUUCUUCGUGGUGUUUAA